AGGUGGCAAUGGAAGUGGAAAUCGUCUCGAUCAACUCUCUUACCCACAAUACGUAUUCGUCGAUCGAGAUCAUUCAGUGUACGUAUGUGAUGGGAACAAUCAUCGUGUGAUGAAAUGGAUGGAAGGUGCAAAACAAGGCAUUGUCGUGGCUGGUGGUCAAGGAAAAGGAAAUGGUCUUACACAAUUGUCAUAUCCUCGAGGAGUCGUUGUCGAUCAAUUGGGCACUGUCUAUGUGGCUGAUGAAUGGAAUAAUCGAAUCAUGCGUUGGCCUAAAGGAGCCACACAAGGAAGUGUCAUUGUUGGUGGAAACGUACUUAAUUCCUUUGAAUGA